CUCUCCUCCUUUCAUUCAUUCUUCUCCUUGCUGUCCUUCUUGUUGUUCCUUCUUCUUGUUGCGUGUUGUUGUGCCUUCACGUGCGCCUGCUUCCUUGCUUCUUGCUUCUUCUUCCCCCGCCCCCUCGCGCGAGUCGGUUGCAGUGAAGAUGCGUGCGCUGAGGCCCGUGUCCAGGGCGUACGACGCCAUCAUCGUCGGCGGCGGCCACAACGGCCUUGUCGCUGCCGCUUACCUCGCCCGCCAAGGUGGCAAGGUGCUUGUUCUGGAGAAGAACGACCAAGUCGGUGGCGCUGCCGUGUCCUCGGAGAUUGUGCCAGGGUUCAAGUUCUCCCGUGCAUCCUACCUCGCCGGCCUGAUCCGCCCCUCCAUCGUCAAGGAGCUCGACCUCCACAAGCAUGGCCUUCGCUUCCUGCCCCGGGACCCCUCGUCCUUCACUCCGACCAAGACGCCGGGACAGCACCUCAUGUUCUGGGACGAUGAGACAAAGACAGCAGCGUCCAUCGCCCAGUUCAGCAAGCAUGAUGCCGAUGCCUUCCCCAAGUACGAGGCCAAGAUUGGCCGCUUCCGCGACCUCAUCCAACCGUUUCUCGAACGCCCCCUCCCCAACGUCUCCUUCGACGAGCUGCAACGUGGCAACCUGAUGGCCUUUGCCCGCCUCGCCUCCCAACACUUUGACCUCCUCACACAUAUCUUCAAGUACAAGAAGGAGCUUGCAGAGUUCUACGAGCUACUGACCGCGCCCGCGUCCCAGAUCCUGGACCGCUGGUUCGAGAGCGAGAUGCUCAAGACGACGCUCGCCACCGACGCUGUCAUCGGUUCCAUGGCUGCACCCUCGGACCCGGGCUCGGCAUACGUCCUCCUCCACCACGUCAUGGGCGAGGUCGCAGGCCGCAAGGGCGUGUGGGCGUAUGUUGAGGGCGGAAUGGGGGCGUUGAGUAACGCCAUUGCCGCCAGUGCAAAGCAGGCCGGUGCUGAGAUCAUUGUCAACGCAGACGUGCAAGAGAUUCUUAUUGAUGAGAGCAGCAACACCAACGGCGGCAAGAAGAAAGGGCGACGUGGUGAUGACGCGAGCAUUGAUGCCGGUGGCGUGACGGGCGUGCGCGUUGUGCUGGGCGAUGGCACAGAGAUGGAGGUCAGCAGCAACUUUGUCCUGAGCAACUGCACGCCACACCGCACGUACACGGAGCUGUUGCCCAAGGACCGCCAGGCGUCUCUCCUUGGCGAGGACUUUCUUAAACGCAUUCAGACGACUGAUUACUCGUGCGGCGCGUUCAAAAUCAACUGUGCCGUCAGCGAGCUGCCAGACUUUGUAUGCGCGCCGAACAAAGGCACCGGCCCAGAGCCCCACCACCACGGCACAAUCCACUUUGAGAACUCCAUGCACGAGCUCGAACGCGCUGCGGCCGAGGCGAAGACUGGGCGGCCAGCCACGCGACCUGUGAUUGAGAUGACGAUUCCAUCUGCCAUUGACAAGACCAUUGCACCAGAGGGCAAGCACGUGGUGCAGCUCUUUGUCCAGUACGCGCCUUACGACGUGGACCCACAGGUUGGCACGUGGGCUGAUGAGUCGUUCAAGGAGUCGUUUGUUCGCCGCGUGUUCAGUGUUGUGGACGAAUUCGCCCCCAACUUCAGCUCCUCCGUCAUCGGAUACGACGCCCUCUCCCCACUCGACAUUGAGCGCGAGUUUGGAUUGCAUAAGGGCAACAUCUUCCAUGGGGCAAUGUCCCUGCACCAGAUCCUCUACCUGCGCCCCACCCCGGAGUACUGCGACGGCACCACGCCCAUCGACGGGCUGUACAUCUGCGGAAGUGGCGUCCACCCUGGCGGCGGUGUCAUGGGCGCGCCGGGCCGAAACGCCGCUCGCAUUGUGCUGCAGGACGCCGAGUGAGCGGGGAUCGUGGCUGCGUGGGCACGAGAGGAAGAAAGCGCGAGAUGGACCGGUGGCGAGGGAGUUGGUUGCUUGGCACUUGUGGGUUGGAUUUGGCGUGUGGAGGAUGAAGAAGAGGUCCGAGAAGAAGAGGUCCGAGGGGAAUGGCACAAGUGUCUGACCCUUCAUAAGCCCCCCCCUCUCUCUCUCUCUUUUCUGAUACGACCUUCCAACCAUUUGUGUACUUGCCUGCCUCUCUUUCCGCGUCGAUUCCUCAUUUGUUCUCUUUCGAUUGCUCGUCAACCACGCCAUCCACCACGAGAUGCACACCGUCUCUCUUUGCUCCGGCAAUGCACGUGUUAGUUUGUAUGCAUGUAUCGCUGUAUUGUUCAUCGUCCAAAACGGCAACGUUACCACCACAACAACAAUCAACAAUCAUCAACCACAACAAUCAUCAACAACAACAAU